AUGGCACCUACUCUGUUCGAAAUCAAAAUUUAUUCAGACACAAUAUGUCCUUGGUGCUAUAUCGGUCUCAAGACAUUGGAACAAGCAGUAUAUCUCUACCAGCGCACCUAUCCCAAUGGCUCAAAAGACACUUUUCGCAUAACCUGGUCACCAUACUACCUCGACCCUCAUGCACCAACCCCAGGUAUCCUUGCCUCAACCCGCAUAGCCCAGAAGAACGGUAUCGAACGUGCAGAAGGUAUCAAGAUGAGAUUGAAGCGUGUAGGAAAAGCUCACGGUAUCAAUUUCACCUUCGCUGGCAAGGUUGGCAAUACCAGAGACUCACACAGGCUCAUUUAUCUUGCGGGUUUCAAGGGCGGAGAAGUGCAGAUGGCACUUGCAAAGGAAUUGUUCCGCGUUCACUUUGAGGGCGAAGCUGAUGUGAAUUCUCACAAUGAUCUGCUUGCAGCUGGUGUUUCUGUCGGUCUUGCGCGCAAUGAGAUGAUGGAGUGGUUGGAAAGUGGUAACGGUGGAGCUGAGGUUGAUGAUGAGGCGCAGCGAGCCAGAGACUCGGGAGUCAACUCAGUGCCGACUUUUGAGAUCAACGGCAGAAGGAUUGAGGGUGCAGAAGAUCCUUCAGCCUUCUAUGAGGUGUUCACAAGCAUGAAGACCGCUGAUCCAUAG